GCGGCAUUUCACUCAGUUCAAGCUGUCUGUUCAAGUGUUCACAACAUGCGACGAUCCACAAACGCAAUUUCUCUGCUAGCUUUGGCCCUGACCAUGAGCGUGCUGGUCGUGAGGGCGGUACCAAUUGAGGUGCAGUGCAGUGAUGGCAGCACAGCAAUUUGGGACACUCAGAUCUCGGCAGAUGGCUCUCAGACGCAGACACAAACUGGACCAGGCUGUCAAACACAAACGUCCGAUGAUGGACAGCAGACCCAGAGCCAGAGUCAAACUGGCAGCGGCACUCAGAGCCAAACUCAGUGCAGUGGCCCCGACUGCAGCCCCCUUCCUCCGCUGUUCACCAUGAAGCCACUCGAAUGGAACACGAUGAAGCCCCUCGAAUGGAACACGAUGAGGCCCCUCGAAUGGAAUACUUUUCCACCCAUGCAGAUGCAGCCAUGGAAUUAAAGCUUAGCUCGGUUUGGCUUGGAUUUCCUAUGCCUGUCUUUUGAUGUAUUGUGUAGCAUAUGUAUCAAAGAGUUUUCUUUUUGCUAUUUGCCAAAGAAUAACUGAUGGAAGUAGAACUGUGUUUUUGAUGUAUGCACAGAUUAAAUUCUAGUUUUAAUUCUGAUUUUUAGAAAAUA